UCAGUCACACUCCCCCUCUCCCCAUCCCAUCCCUCUCCACCCUCCGCCAAUCCCAGCAAGCAGGAUGGCCGCGCGCUGCCCCUACUUCGCCGCCGAGGAGUCCGCCCGCGGCAUCCGCCCGGGGGAGUCCCCGGCCGCGGCGCUCCGCCGGAUCCUCGCCACGCCCGGCGCGCACCAGGCGCCCUGCUGCUUCGACGCGCUCGGCGCGCGCCUCGUCGAGCGCGCGGGGUUCCCCAUCGGCUUCAUGGGCGGUUUCUGUGUUUCUGCAGCACGGCUUGGCUUGCCUGAUGUUGGCCUCAUCUCCUAUGGAGAAAUGGUAGACCAAGGGCGUCUAAUCAAUGAAGCUGUGUCGAUCCCAGUGAUUGGUGACGGAGACAAUGGCUAUGGAAACUCUAUGAACAUCAAGAGAACCAUCAAAGGAUAUAUUAAUGCUGGUUUUGCUGGAAUCAUGCUUGAAGACCAGGUGGCACCUAAAGCAUGCGGACAUACUGAAGGAAGGAAAGUCAUCUCAAGGGAGGAAGCCAUCAUGCACAUAAAAGCUGCUGUUGAUGCUAGGAAGGAGAGUGGCUCUGACAUUGUUAUUGUGGCAAGAUCAGAUUCCCGUCAAGCCAUUUCUCUUGAUGAAGCAUUAUGGAGAGUAAAAGCUUUUGCUGAUGCCGGCGCUGAUGUUCUGUUUAUUGAUGCCCUUGCUUCAGUGGAAGAGAUGAAGGCAUUUUGCGCAGUUGCACCAGAAGUUCCAAAGAUGGCAAACAUGUUAGAAGGUGGUGGUAAAACUCCAAUAUUGAGCCCUGCAGAACUUGAGAAAAUUGGCUUCAGCCUUGUGGUCUAUCCUUUAUCCUUAGUAGGCGUGUCAAUGCGUGCAAUGCAGGAUGCUUUAAUUGCAAUAAAAGAUGGCAGUGUACCUUCCCCUAGCGUGUUGCCAUCUUUUCAGGAGAUCAAGGAUACUCUAGGGUUCAACCGCCACUACAAAGAAGAGAAACAAUACCAAUUGGACAAGUGAAAGAUGCCACAACUCUAGAGCCACAAAUCGACAGUAAUCUAUCAUAGUUUGACGGUUGUGGACUCUGCUGGAUAUGCUAUCAAGGUGCCCAUGGCUUAAGUACCACCAGACAUUUAUGGGAGACUUAAUAUUUGGGUGGCUUGUAGUCUUUUCUACCCUGUUAUGGUCUCAAUAAUUCUGAAUUUGUGGUUCUAAUUACAAUAAAACAGGCCUACUGGGGAUGCGGAUACAGCCCAU